AUGACAAAAAAUACAGUUGUUGAACUUAAUCAAGAUGUUGGCUGUUAUCUGUUAAGGUUUAUUGAUGGAAUAGACGCGAUUAACUUUAUCGAGGCAGUAAACGAUAGUCGACAAUUUCGGUCAAUUGCAAAAACGUCAGAUUAUCAUUUUAUUCAGAUGAUUAAAGUGUUCUGUGGUCACUCAAGAAUUCUAUUACCAUGUGCACCAUUUGAAGACUUCACAAAUGAAUAUGAAAUUGAUGAUGAACAACUCAUCUUACUCUCAAAGCGCUAUUCUGAUACCAUCGAGCCAUCUAUACGUUUAUACAUUCACCCUUGCUUUAGUACUGAAGGGUUUACUAAGUUAUGUGAAGUCUAUCAGACUUCUCUUUUCAGCUGCUAUUCUCACCUCUUACCAUUGAACACUGUUUGUUACAAUUACAAUGCAGAUUUUGGACUACUUGAUUAUGAGUGGUAUGGUCAUACAAUCGGAGCGGAGCGCAUGCUAAACGACCACGAAAAACAUUUGUUCAAAAUUAGCACGUAUUUUAAUAGGAAGAUAGAUCAAAAUGAUUCGCCGAAUAUGACAUUUGUGCAUACAAUAAAAGAGUUUAAACACAAUUUAGCUGAUCGUUUUUUAUCAGAUACAUGGCUACGAGCCAUAGACUUCUCAAAAUGGGCGAUUGUAGGAGGAUGUGUCCUAAAUGCUCUCUGUAGAUCACCGUUUUCAGACACCAAGCAGCAGGAUGUCAACUUAGUUUACUAUGCAAAUGAUAUAUUAGAUUUUAAGAAAUCAAUAGAUGUUACGGUAAAUAAUCUUGAUAAACUAGUUUCACAGGAUUUAUGCAACGAAAUCAAAGUGGAAAGAAUACCAGGAACACCUGAGUACCAUGUGUUUCUACCUUGUUAUGUUCGGCUUAAAUUCACGUGGGCAGCGAUAGGAAAUUCGAAAAACCCACUUUCACACAUUCUUCAUAGUUUUGACAUGGAUAUUUGUCAAAUAGCCUUUACUGGAGAUAAAAUUGUUUCGACGUUUCCGUUCUUGCAAGCACUUGCGACAAAAUCAUUUAUUGUUUAUAGUCUUCAUGCUCGAAGUCCAAAGCAUUUGUGUACACGCAUAGCAAAAUAUUGUAACAGAGGAUUCAAUCUAUUAGAAACUGUUAAUUUCGAUGGUGAAUUUGAUUCAUUGAUGGAACAAGAAGAAAUUCCAUUGUAUCGAGUUGAACAUCUCACGUACAUUGAUGACGAUGGUGAAAUUCAAUUUGCUACAAAAGAAUUUCACCGAUCGUUUAUAAAUAAUGUUGAUACGUUUCGGCUUCAAGAGAAAUUCAUGCACAUGGUCUCUCUGCAAUUAUUACAAUACGCUUAA